UCGCUAGUGGCUGCUCCUCGAGGCGAGAACAGAGCCAUGCAAAUGCUCCAGCGUGGAGUUGGGUUUGUGAAGUCGCCAGUAAAUCAGGCCGCCUCCACUAGGUGAAUAACGCGGUGGCAGCGGGCCACUUUGCUAGUGCAGUCGCUGGAGGACCGCGCUCCGCACUCAGAAGGGGGCAAUUGGCUGGUGCGCGAGCGCUCCCGGCUCGCCUCUGUCCGCGGGGAGCCAGCCGGCCCCUCCGCAGGUCCCGCUCCCUGACAUUUGCUGUGGUUUCACUCCCUGGCACUGAGGGCUGGGUUCAGAGAUUCCCAGCUGCACUCACUGAACAGUGAUUUUUUUCCCCUCCCUGAAUUCUUUAGCUGCCAAAAGGGGGGAAAAAAUCAAGAGCUGCUCUUAAAAGAAGUUGCCCUUGCUGGUGCUCAGGGUAAAAAUAGAGGCUGCCGCUUAGAACGGCUUGGCCCUGGCUCCAGGCAUCCUGCGAGCUGGGCUCGAGCAGCGGCCGCAUUCCGGCGUGAUCCCUGGAAGCUGCCAGCAGGUGCUGCUCAAGAGAAUUUGCUGAAGAGGAGAAGGAAAAAAAAAAACCAAAAAAAAAAAAAAAAAAAAAAAACCACACACACAAAAAAACCUGCGCGUGAGGGGGGAGGAAAAGCAGGGCCUUUUAAAAAGGCAAUCACAACAACUUUUGCUGCCAGGAUGCCCUUGCUUUGGCUGAGAGGAUUUCUGUUGGCAAGUUGCUGGAUUAUAGUGAGGAGUUCCCCCACCCCAGGAUCCGAGGGGCACAGCGCGGCCCCCGACUGUCCGUCCUGUGCGCUGGCCGCCCUCCCAAAGGAUGUACCCAACUCUCAGCCAGAGAUGGUGGAGGCCGUCAAGAAGCACAUUUUAAACAUGCUGCACUUGAAGAAGAGACCCGAUGUCACCCAGCCGGUGCCCAAGGCGGCGCUUCUGAAUGCGAUCAGAAAGCUUCAUGUGGGCAAAGUCGGGGAGAACGGGUAUGUGGAGAUAGAGGAUGACAUUGGAAGGAGGGCAGAAAUGAAUGAACUUAUGGAGCAGACCUCGGAGAUCAUCACGUUUGCCGAGUCAGGAACAGCCAGGAAGACACUGCACUUCGAGAUUUCCAAGGAAGGCAGUGACCUGUCAGUGGUGGAGCGUGCAGAAGUCUGGCUCUUCCUAAAAGUCCCCAAGGCCAACAGGACCAGGACCAAAGUCACCAUCCGCCUCUUCCAGCAGCAGAAGCACCCGCAGGGCAGCUUGGACACAGGGGAAGAGGCCGAGGAAGUGGGCUUAAAGGGGGAGAGGAGUGAACUGUUGCUCUCUGAAAAAGUAGUAGACGCUCGGAAGAGCACCUGGCACGUCUUCCCUGUCUCCAGCAGCAUCCAGCGGUUGCUGGACCAGGGCAAGAGCUCCCUGGACGUUCGGAUUGCCUGUGAGCAGUGCCAGGAGAGUGGCGCCAGCCUGGUGCUCCUGGGCAAGAAGAAGAAGAAAGAAGAGGAGGGGGAAGGGAAAAAGAAGGGAGGAGGUGAAGGUGGGGCAGGAGCAGAUGAGGAAAAGGAGCAGUCGCACAGACCUUUCCUCAUGCUGCAGGCCCGGCAGUCUGAAGACCACCCUCAUCGCCGGCGUCGGCGGGGCUUGGAGUGUGAUGGCAAGGUCAACAUCUGCUGUAAGAAACAGUUCUUUGUCAGUUUCAAGGACAUCGGCUGGAAUGACUGGAUCAUUGCUCCCUCUGGCUAUCAUGCCAACUACUGCGAGGGUGAGUGCCCGAGCCAUAUAGCAGGCACAUCCGGGUCCUCACUGUCCUUCCACUCAACAGUCAUCAACCACUACCGCAUGCGGGGCCAUAGCCCCUUUGCCAACCUCAAAUCGUGCUGUGUGCCCACCAAGCUGAGACCCAUGUCCAUGUUGUACUAUGAUGAUGGUCAAAACAUCAUCAAAAAGGACAUUCAGAACAUGAUCGUGGAGGAGUGUGGGUGCUCAUAGAGUUGCCCAGCCCAGGGGGAAAGGGAGCAAGAGUUGUCCAGAGACGACAGUGGCAAAAUGAAGAAAUUUUUACGGUUUCUGAGUUAACCAGAAAAAUAGAAAUUAAAAAAAAAAACAAAAGUAAAUUAAAAACAAAACCUGAUGAAACAGAUGAAGGAAGAUGUGGAAAAAAUCCUUAGCCAGGGCUCAGAGAUGAAGCAGUGAAAGCGACAGGAAUUGGGAGGGAAAGGGAGAAUGAUGUACCCUUUAUUUCUUCUGAAAUCACACUGAUGACAUCAGUUGUUUAAACGGGGUAUUGUCCUUUCCUCCCUUGUGGUUCCCUUGUGAGCCUCGAAUCAACUAAUCUAGUCUGCAGUAGUGUGGACUAGAACAACCCAAAUAGCAUCUAGAAAGCCAUGAGUUUGAAAGGGCCCAUCACAGGCACUUUCCUACCCAAUUACCCAGGUCAUAAGGUAUGUCUGUGUGACACUUAUCUCUGUGUAUAUCAGCAUACGCACACACACACACACACAUACACACACACAGGCAUUUCCACACAUUACAUAUAUACACAUACUGGUAAAAGAACAAUCGUGUGCAGGUGGUCACACUUCCUUUUUCUGUACCACUUUUGCAACAAAACAAAACAAACAACAUUAAAAAAUUGAGAACAAGUAUGGAAAGAAUGAAAGAUCAAGGAAAAAAGAAUACCAAGUUACAUUUCGUUAAGGUGCUUAUGAUCUUAGAACUAUGCAACCUAAUAGGUUUGAAACUGUUUACCUGAGAGAGAACAAAAAGAGAGACUUUUUUGUAUUGGAAGUAAUCUGAUUAAUUUUUAUUUUCUUCAAGGAGAGAUACUUGAAAGGAAUAUGUUUGUCCAUCUGUUGGAUCCAAACAUUUCUAUAUUUUGUAAAUGUUGUUGUUGUUUUUUUUUUAAUCGUUUACUAUUUGCACUACAAUGGUGUUUGACCUGUCUAAUCCUUAUUUAACAAGUAUUUUCUUUGGUUGGGGGUGGGGGUGGGGUUUAAGAGCUGCACUUAAUGUGAGCUAUAAAAGAACUGCUACAGCACACAAAAUAGCUAUUUUUAUUAUUAUAAUUAUAAUUAUUAUUAUUAUUUUGUACCUUAAAAAAUAGACACAUACACCAAAGACAUUUGUGUGAGCCUUUAAACAGUCUGUCUGUGGUUGGUAUCAUUCACCAUCAAUGAGUCAGGGGUUGGGAUUCCAGGUUGAGUAGUGUGGAUUGUGUUCAGGCUUAAAAGACCUGAGAAGUUUGGUUUUUGACUCCUUUUACAUCCAUGAAACAGGACAUUUCAUACUGGAUGUACAGUAGUUGUACACUGUUGGAUAUCAAGUUCAGUCAAAUUCAUGGAACUACAUGCUUGUAUGUGUAUAUAUACAUUGCUUGUGCAUAUGCAUAUCUGUAUGUAUAUAUACAUGUAUUGUACCAUGUCCAUACACAUUUUAAGCACUUCAGGCUGUCAUUUUUUAAUGUUCUUAAAGCAAUGAAUGUUUGUGUGCAAAACACAGUAUUUUUAAGAAGGAUAGGCUAUAGUUUUUGCUUUUACUCUGAACUAGGUGGGCACAUUUCAAAAAUUCGGAAGGGAAAAAGCCUGGAAAUUCCAGUGAAUAUUCAGCAGGGCCCUCUUUCGUUGUACAGGGAUCAAAUUUCCUCCUCUUUUUUGUGCCCCCUCCCACUUCUACAAGUUAUCCCCUGUGGGGAAAACAGGAUGAUAAUCAAAACUCUGGGCUGAUGUUUUUCCAACUUAGUGUCUAUUGGAAUCAAUCUUAAAUCAGAAGCUUUUUCAGAAAAAUAAUAUUUAGGCCAGAAUUAGAGUUGAGUGUAUUUUUUAAAAAUGAUUAAGUCUUGGUUGUGAGAAAUAUUACCUGUACCAGCUGGGAAAAAUAAUGUCAUCACUAACUAAAAGAUAAUUAAUUUGGGAGAAAGUGUUAAGAGAGGGAGAGUAAGGAAGAGAACAGUUAAGAGGAGGCAGAGAUGAGGGCAGUAGUAAAAAUCUCUAAAAUUUUAAUUUAUAGCCAAAACUCUUCAUGUGUAAAUUUGUAUUGAUUCAGAUGCAGAAAAGAAAAAAAAAACACCUUUGUUUUACAAAUAUCAAAGUACAUGCUUAAAGCCAAGUUUUUAUCUAGUUUAUUCUAGUAUUUAGCUUGCCUGGAAUAGCUAAUAAAUUAUUCAUGUACGUGCUUUUGAAAAUCCAGAGCCCUAUUUUUACACACUUGUGUGAAGUUGGCAAACAUUUUUGAAAAAUGGAAAAAAGUUUCUAAUAAUUGGGAACAAUUACAUUAAUUAAUAUUUUGUAAAAUAUUGACGCUUUUAGCCCUAUGUCAAUUUGUAGAUUAAAAUAAAUUAAUUAUAGGAAAGGAAGAUAACAGUGAGAAACCAAACAUUACAAAAGGUGGUUUAGCUCUCCUUGAAAAAUAUACUAGGUUGGUAUACUAUAACACGUGGCUAUAUGUAGGCAACAUCACUACUGGGCAAAUACACUUACUGUGUUCUAGAGGCCACCUUUUCUUAUGCAGAAAAUACAAUAUGCACUGCAUGAGAAACUUGAGAGUAGAUUCUAAUCCACGUCUAUCGACCUUGGAUAUCAUGCAUGUGGGAAGGUGGGUGUAGUGAGAAAAGUUUUAAGGCAAGAGUAGAUGGCCAUGUUCAACUUUACAAAAUUUCUUGGAAAACUGGCAGUAUUUUGAACUGCAUCUUCUUUGGUACCAGAACCUGCAGAAACAGUGUGAGAAAUUGAGUCCUGGUUCACUGUGCAGUAGCAAAGAUGGUCAAGGCCAUGGCAAAAGCAGAAAUUUACCAAGAAAGCUGAUACCCAUAUAUAGUUCCCAUUCAUCUCAAAUACAUCUGCUAUCUUUUUAAGUUAAGUCCUAGACAUAUUGGGGAUAACAUGGGGGUUGAUUAGCGACCACAGUUAUCAGAAGCAGAGAAAUGUAAUUCUAUAUUUUAUUUGAAACUUAUUCCAUAUUUUAAUUGGAUAUUGAGUGAUUGGGUAUCAAACACCCAGAAACUUUAAUUUUGUUAAAUUUAUAUGGCUUUGAAAUAGAAGUAUAAAUUGCUACCAUUUUUUGAUAACACUGAAAAAUAGUAUUUUACCAUCUUUAAUAAUCUUGGAAAAUACAAGCCCUGUGAACAACCACUCUUUCACCUAGCAGCAUGAGGCCAAAAGUAAAGGCUUUAAAUUCUAACAUAUGAGAUUCUUAGUAGUAUGUUUUUUUCUUGAAGCUGAGUGGCUCUAUCUAACCUUACUAUCUCCUCACUCUUUCUCUAAGACUAAACUCUAGGCUCUUAAAAAUCUGCCCACACCAAUCUUAGAAGCUCUGAAAAGAAUUUGUCUUUAAAUAUCUUUUGAUAGUAAUAUGUAUUUUAUGGACCAAAUUGACGUUUUCUAUUUUUUUUUCCAAAAAGGUCAGGUGAAUUUCAGCACACUGAGUUGGGAAUUUCUUAUCCCAGAAGACCAACCAAUUUCAUAUUUAUUUAAGAUUGAUUCCAUACUCCAUUUUCAAGGAGAAUCCCUGCAGUCUCCUUAAAGGUAGAACAAAUACUUUAUAUUUUUUUUUUCCACCAUUGUGGGAUUGGACUUUAAGAGGUGACUCUAAAAAACAGAGAACAAAUAUAUCUCAGUUGUAUUAAGCACAGACCCAUAUUAUCAUAUUCACUUAAAAAAAAUGAUUUCCUGUGCACCUUUUGGCAACUUCUCUUUUCAAUGUAGAGAAAAACAUAGUCACCCUGAAAACCCACAAAAUAAAUAAAACUUGUAGAUGUGGGCAGAAGGUUUGGGGGUGGACAUUGUAUGUGUUUAAAUUAAACCCUGUAUCACUGAGAAGCUGUUGUAUGGGUCAGAGAAAAUGAAUGCUUAGAAGCUGUUCACAUCUUCAAGAGCAGAAGCAAACCACAUGUCUCAGCUAUAUUAUUAUUUAUUUUUUAUGCAUAAAGUGAAUCAUUUCUUCUGUAUUAAUUUCCAAAGGGUUUUACCCUCUAUUUAAAUGCUUUGGAAAACAGUGCAUUGACAAUGGGUUGAUAUUUUUCUUUAAAAGAAAAAUAUAAUUAUGAAAGCCAAGAUAAUCUGAAGCCUGUUUUAUUUUAAAACUUUUUGUGUUCUGUGGUUGAUGUUGUUUGUUUGUUUGUUUCUAUUUUGUUGGUUUUUUACUUUGUUUUUUGUUUUGUUUUGUUUUUUUGCAUACUACAUGCAGUUCUUUAACCAAUGUCUGUUUGGCUAAUGUAAUUAAAGUUGUUAAUUUAUAUGAGUGCAUUUCAACUAUGUCAAUGGUUUCUUAAUAUUUAUUGUGUAGAAGUACUGGUAAUUUUUUUAUUUACAAUAUGUUUAAAGAGAUAACAGUUUGAUAUGUUUUCAUGUGUUUAUAGCAGAAGUUAUUUAUUUCCAUGGCAUUCCAGCGGAUAUUUUGGUGUUUGCGAGGCAUGCAGUCAAUAUUUUGUACAGUUAGUGGACAGUAUUCAGCAACGCCUGAUAGCUUCUUUGGCCUUAUGUUAAAUAAAAAGACCUGUUUGGGAUGUA